ACGUGCUCUUAUUUUGAAAACGGCCGUUAAGCGUCAGUUAGCAGGGGGCUGGACCGUUAGCUGUGUUUAGCUCGGCCAGUGUUCGUGUUUAAAGGCUGAAACUGAAAACAGACAAACAGACAACACCGACAACACUGUGCAGCUCUGCAUUGCUAUCAGAACGUUGUGCCCUCCUGCUCCAGGAAUUUUACCGUCUCCCAGGGAGCUCAUUUCUGAUUUCCCAGCAGACGGCCUCAUUGUGGGCUGAAGGCCCAGCUAGCAUUGACACGGAUAAACAACACUUUCACUAAUUGGCACUGUUGAAGAUUGCAAACACCAUGUCCCAUCCCCUGUAUAACCCCUAUGUGUCGAGGAACCAAAGUUCUACCCUGGGCCAGUAUGGACUAUCCAGUAUACAGCCAGAGAGGGAUCCUCGGUUAGCAUCUUGUCUUGGACCUGGGUCCAGCUUUAGUUCCUCUGGAACUUCAUCUGCAAUUUCAGACAACUCUGGGGGAACACCGUCCUCGGUGAUGUCUCAGUCGAUGAGCUACAUGCCUGAACAGGGUAUAACCACAAUAGAUGAGGACUUGAAGAGGUCUGUAGAUAUGCAUAUUAGCAGAGCCAGAGAGGAGGUGAGGGUUCUUCAUCAGCAUCAGUCGAUAGACCAGGACACUCGCUUUACCAGCACGAGGCAUGAGUUUCAGUCCUUGGGCACUGGGAUGGUGUCCUACCUAAUGUGCUCAACCUCUCCAUCUCUAGGACAUAGACAUAUGGAAAUUGAAAGUGGUGGUACCUCCUUGGUCUGGUCUUCGAACUACAAAAGACCCACUCCUGAUGACUCAAAAUUUAAUUCAUCAUCUGUUUCAUCUAACAGUGCAAGUGGUAAAGACGACAGGUUCAGUCCCCACAGCGAAAUAGAACGUGGUAUGCAGUCAAUUCCAGGAUUAGGUGAUUAUGACCGCCCAGUGCCAGACAGAACUGUGGCCCCUACAGAGCCUAUUCAACCCAAGUACACUUCUGAAUCGGCUGCUAACAUCCUUCUGCACUUUGGGCUUGAAAAAGAAGACUUAGAACAUCUCAUCUGCUACCCUGAAGACCAGAUUACUCCUGCUAACCUGCCGUACAUCAUGCGUGAAAUACGCAUUAAGAAGGCCAAGAUGGCUACAACAAAAGUUCAGGAUAAACCCUACCCUAAACCCCAACCCAGUCACAGUUUGAGUAGUUCUGCAUCAUCAGCUGUUCUCCAGCCAAGUCAAGUGAUUGAGUAUGGACAUACUAGCAAAUGUACUGGAGGGGUUGGGGCUGAAAUUGGAAGAAUCAGUGCCAGUGGAGCCAACAGUGGUGGGGAUGGACAUAUGUUGCUUUCGGACAUUUAUGUUAGUAACAGUCAAGAACCACUUCAAGAAAAAAAUACAACAGGUGUAAAUAGCAGUGUGUUGGGUUCUUCGGCUGAGCAGGAGAGUUCUGUUACUAGUCUCAGCUCUUCAUACAGUCCAGGACUGAACUCUGUAGCUCCCCCAUGUCAUGAUCAGACCAAACAACUGCAGACCCAAUCAAACCAGACCUCUCAAACAAAUCUCAACUCUUUUGUUCUGCCAAAGAAAGACACAGACCUGAGAGUUCUCGAGUCUGAAGCCUCCGAACCUGUUCCUGUGAAAGAACCAGAGGCAGAUUGCCAGUCAACGUCGAAAACCCAGCCACCCUGCACGCCACUGUUCCGUGGUGUGUAUCCUGACAGACCUGCCCUUGUGCUCAUUGGCAGUAAUAACACUGGCACUAAGGAUCAGAGUAAAAAUCAAGGUAAAGGAUCAACAGUUCCCAAGCAGAUGAAAAAGCAGCAGAUCCAGCAGUUUAAGAAGCCAGAGGAGCAAGAAUUGAAGUGGCCGGUGUUGCAGCCAGGGCAAGCGAUGUGGCCUCCAGUGUUUUCUUCAGCGAAAUUGGUCCCACCUGCUCCUCUCAACCCCAUUACCCCUGAUGCCUCACAGGGCAUGCAGCAUCCAAUGGUUCUCCCUGAUGAUGCUCGUUCCAUGGUUAUUCCUCCAGUGCUGCCUCCAGUGAUCUCGAACCUGAUGCGCUUCAAUCACAUGAAGCCAGGCCCUUCCAACAAACAGCCGCUAGCAGUCUCCAAGGGUAUACCAGUUACGGCCACAUUUCAUGACUAUAUAGCCACCAUGCCGAGAACCUUCCCACACAGCUGUUCUCUGUGUAACAAAGAAUGUACUCAUAUGAAGGAUUGGAUCACCCACCAGAACAGCAGCCUUCACCUUGAGAACUGCAAAUUCCUGCAAAGUCGACACCCAGUAGUUGGACCCAGGCUUACAAGUAAAAAUGUCAAGUCCUUGGCCUCAACCUCUGCACAGACUUUCCAGAAUCGUCACCAGAAAAACAGCCGUGGAAGCCGCUCCCGUUCCCGAUCAUCAAGCCCCAUUCGCCGCCGUGGUUUAGAGGGUAGACGGGAGAGACGCAGGAGCUUAUCACGAUCACCACACAGAUCCAAAUAUGCUCACAGGUCCCGGUCCAGGUCCAGUUCCAGGUCCAGGUCCAGGUCCAGGUCCAGUUCUAGUUCUAGUUCUAGUUCUCGUUCUCGUUCUCGUUCCCCGCGGUAUUACCGCCGAAUCCCCUCUCGCUAUCGAUCACGUUCAAGGAGUCCUGAGAGACAAUCCUCACCAAGGAGGAAAGAUGAACGACGAUCAUCUCCGAGAAGGAAUGACAAGAGGCGAUCAUCUCUGAGAAGGAAUGACAAGAGACAAUCAUCUCCAAGAAGGAGUGACAAGAGACGUUCAUCUCCAAGAAGGAAUGAUGAAAGACGAUCAUCUCCAAGGAGGAAUGACGAAAGACGAUCAUCUCCAAGAAGGAGUGACAAGAGACGAUCAUCUCCAAGGAGAAGCCAUGAGAGGCAAUCUACAGAGGGAUCCUCACCUCAACGAAAGAAGCUGAGUAAUGCAGAGAAGCUGGCCAAGAAACUACUGGAAACAUCAGCUGUACAGUCUCUGUCAAAACAAUCUGACCUGGAGACCGUGGUUAAAACUUUGGCUCCUUUAUUGGCUGAGCUAACAAAGAUGAAAUCCUCCUCAUCGAAUUCAUCAUUGUCCUCUUCCGAAGGAAAAGAACCCUCCUUAUCCCCCGCAGGUGGAAAAAGAUCGUCUUCUACUGUGUCUUUUUCCAGCCCGCAGAAGAGUGAGGCAAUUGUGCAUUUUGAGAAAGAGAAAGACGCUAAGAAAUUGAGGUGCGUGAAGACCUUUGAUGUGAAAAGACUGACAGUCAAUGUUGUCAGAGAAAAGGAGACUGAUUUGAAUAAGCAAGAAAACCCCCCUCAGAAGAGUACAGUUAAACAUUUUGAGACUUUGAAGAGCCUGAAACAGCGUCUACAAGAUUCUAGUGAGCUCACAAUAAAUUUUGAACCUCAUGGAACCACACCAAGCGAUGUAGCAAUGGACACUUCAAAUCUCAAGCUGAUAAAAAGAGCAAGAAAAAAUAAGGAAGGGGAAAAUAUUAAAUCAGCAGCAACUGUCAAGGUAUCAAUGGGGACUGAUCUGGAGCCACUUAAAGAACAAGCAAAAGCCAUAGAGGGUGCAGUGGCGAAGUCUGACCACAAAGUGUCAGCAGAGAGCAUUGCUGCAAAAAGUGUUGAGUCAGAGACGAAACUGGAAACAUCAUCAGAGAUGCAUCCUCCUCGGGAACAUGGAGAAGAUAUAAGCCAAGCCCAGAGUCUGGAGAUGAAUGUUAAUCUCAGCACACUCAAAGACCAGAAAAUGAACAUGAAAGAGGAAGGGAAAGAAGAUGAUGCUGACAAACGCAUAGAGGAUAAGGAAGAUGAGAAUGACAGUGAAAACUACCAAAUCCUCAAUCCAUGCGAUGAUCGAGCAGAAGAACAGUUGGAUGAUGGGGACCGAGUCACCAUCCUGGUCCAAGAUGACAGUUGUGCAGUAAAGCAACUGUCUGAGGAAGAUGCAAAUCCAGACAUUGACAAAAGUGAUGAUGAAUUCUUUUAUUCUGGAAAAGAUGAGAGACCGUCAAACAGGAGUGGUGACCCUGCAGCACCCAAAAAAGAAGAGACAGAGAAAUCACCAAAGAAACAGGACAAAGAAGUAAAAAAAUAUGAGACGCGGACUAAGAAGGAUACCACUGCAGGAGUUUCUAAAGAUGACAAAGAGGCCACUGAGGAGAUGGUGUAUGAGAAUGUAGAUUCUGUUGAAGGUGAACCAGUUCAAGAUGCUGUCACUACAGAAAGGUCUGGCAGAAGAAAGAGUGCCAGAGGAAAGAAGGAGGAUAAAAUAACAUUGAAACCCUCAGAAACAUCUGAAAAACCCAAAGGGGACAAGGAGGCUACAUACAAGAUCUUAGACUCUGUGGAAGAAGAGACUUCUGAUGAUGAACCGACUGUCACAACAAGAUCUACAGGAGCAAAAUCGGAAAGCACAAGUAAGAAAGCUGCUUCCUUAUCCCCCGCAUCCGAGUCGUCACCAGAAAUUUCCACAGACUCAUCUGAGACCACCAAACCCCCAACCAAGCCCUCGUCCUCCGCUCCUUCACUGUCUACUGAAAUCCCCUCCUCCCCUGGUCAGAAAACACAACAGAGUAAGACAGAAUCUUCAUCCAACGCAUCAAAUACGGCAUCCUCUGGUCGGAGUACCCGAUCAUCCUCCGCUGCACGUGAAAGGGAAAAGGUAACAUCAACAACAACUGUCGAGGUAUCAAUGGAGACUCCAAAGCCCCUUAGAGAAGAAGCAAGAGUCACAGAGAGUGCAGUGACAGUGUCUGACCACAAGGCGUCAGCAGAGGGCACUGCUGCAAAAACUGAGACAGAAAUAGAAACCUCAUCAGAGAGGCAUUCACCUUCUCAGGAACAAGGGGUAGAGUUGAGCCAAGGCCAGAGUCUGGAGAUUGUUAAUGUCAACACACUCAAAGACCAGAAGAAGAGCAAAGAAGAAGGGAAGAAAGAUGAUGCUGACAAACAUAUAGAGGAUGAUGACAACAUUGAAAACUACCAAAUUCUUGAUUCUGUUGAUGAUCAAACAGAUGAACAAAUUGAGGAUGGAAACGAAGACGACAGCUCGAAAAUUCAGCAAACUAGACCCGAAAAAGGUCCGACUGUUGGCGAUGAAGGAAAAGCCUGCCCAGAGGAGGACAGCGAAAUGGAAAUAAACAGUCCUUUCCAAGUGCUAGACAGUGUCACUGAAGACCAAGCAGCUAUGAGUCACUUAGUCCAAGAUGAUGAUUCCACAUUAAAGCAACUUUCUGAGGAAGGUGCAAUGCCAGUAGUCGACACAUCUGAAGGUAAAGAUGCAGUAGGUAAAGAUCAAGAGACAAAUGACAAAGAUCAUUUCCAAGUGUCAGAUACAUGUAGUGUACAAGCUCUAGGGGGCAAGGGAGAUGGGGAGAAUAAAAGACAUAAAGAAGAAGAAGAGGUCAAACUAGUUUCAGCAGAAUCCUGCAAAGCUUCCAAAGAUGUGGAAACUCCUGAUGACCAAAUCCUAAAUGAAGACCAACCUGUCCAAGACAAUGACAACAAAGACCAUGACAGUGAUGUUACAGAACAAGAAACCUUUGAGAUAUUGGAUUCAAUUGAUGAUCAGACUGCAACAGAAGAUGAUGGCCAAAAACAUGAAACUGACGAGAUAUCUAAAGAAGAAGUUAGUCCCAGAGAGGAAGACCAAGACUUCUAUCAGGUAAUCGAUUCUUUGGAAGAUCAACCAACGACUACAGAGCCUGAGUCAGAGACUGACAAAAAGGGAAAAAGGACCAAGAGAGGAGAGGCAACUGCUACAAAAGAUGAAAGACCAUCAAGGAGGAGCGGUCCUACUACCAGAGCAUCUAAAAGUGAAGAGACGGAGAAAUCACCAAAGAAAGAGGACAGAACAGUUAAAAAAUAUGAGACACGGACAAAGAAGGAUACCACUGCAGGAGUCAAAGAGAUCAAAGAGGCCCCUGAGGAGAUGAUGUAUGAGAUAGUAGAUUCUGUUGAAGACGAAAGAGUUCAAGAGACUGCCACCACAGAAAGGUCUGGUAGAAGGAGGAGUACUAGAGGAAAGAAGGAGAAAAUUACAUUGGAAUCCACAGAAGUGUCUGAAAAACCUGUCGAGGAUGAGGACGCUACGUACAAGGUUUUAGACUCUGUGGAGGAGGAGACUGCUGAUGAUGAACCGAUCGCCACAAGAAGAUCUGCCAGAGGAAAAACGGAAAAAACAAGCAAGGACACACCAACAAGAACGAGGCAAACUCCUGCCAGAGAGUCGCAGGAACGAAACCGGGAAACGCCAAAGAAAGGAGAAAGAGCCCCUUCAAGGCACAGUACACCACAAAAGAGUGAUGUGUGUUGUAGGAGAACUAAGUGA